UCCACCCACCGCCGCCGGCUCUCCGACCGCUCCAUGGCCUCCUCCUCCUCCUCUACCCCCGGCCCCGCCGCCGGCGACGACCUCGACCAGCUCCUCGACAGCGCCCUCGACGACUUCGCCACCCUCGAUCUCGCCGCCGCCCCCAACAGCGGCGGCGAGGCGUCGGCGUCGUCGUCGACCGGGCCCGCGAGGCCGGUGAGGGGGCUGGGCAUGUCGCUGCCCGACCCCAGGGCCCCGAGGCGGCGCGCCGCGAGGCAGCCCCCGCCCCCGCCCAGGGGCGCGCACGCGUCCGAGGCGCUCGAGAAGCUCACCCAGGAGACGAGGGAGGCCGUGCGCGGGCUCGAGUCCGCCACCGGCGGGAUCGGCGGCCUCGACGACGAGGCCAUGAUGGAGGACUUCGUCAAGCAGUUCCAGGAGUUCGCCGGCGCGCAGGAUAUGGACUCUAUUGUUGAAACAAUGAUGAAGCAGCUUCUGUCCAAGGAGAUUCUUCAUGAGCCCAUGAAGGACAUUGUAGAGAAGUACCCACAGUGGCUGGAAGACAACAAAAGCAAGAUAAGCAAAGAAGACUUUGAGCGUUACAGCAAUCAGCUUGAACUCAUGCUGAAGCUUAAUGAGGUCUAUGAACAUGAGCCCGAGAACAUGUCUAAGAUUUUUGAGAUCAUGCAAAACAUGCAAGAAUGUGGUCAGCCCCCCAGUGAUCUUGUUCAAGAUAUUGUUCCAGAUCUGGAUCUGAGCAAGCUCGGACAACUUUCUCCCGAAAUGCUUGAAUCAGGAGAAAACUGCUGCAUCAUGUGAUGAGCAAACAAUUCCAUACUGGGUGAAAAUUCCAUGAAGUUCGUUACCUGUACCCUCUCCCUCCCCCCUUUAGUUUAAAGUUACUCCUGUUGGAUCAUCUGUAAAGCUCUACAGAUAUAAAAUUAGUUCAGUGUUUUCUGAAUACCUGAUGGAUGUUACGCUUCAGUUGAUGUACAUUGAUAAUGAGAAAAAUAAGUCCAUUUGCCUUA